CUGAAGCCGGGAGGCCGCAGGGUUGGACCCGGAGCUGGAGCAGCGCGUGACGAGACCAGAGCCGGAGGCGGCGGGACCUGCAGCGCGGAGGCCGAGAAGCACGGGCGGCUGGCCUUGAGUCGAGGCAGGUUUGCGAGCAGGGAAGCCCCGGGCGCCCUGUGGCGGGGCCCAGCUCGAGGCCGGAGUAGGCUCCCUGGGCCCCGGAAUGCGAACCCCGAGUCCCACAGAUUUGUGUAUGCAAUGGACACUGAUCUCAGUUCCCAGGACAGGAAGGACCUGGACAAGUUCAUCAAAUUUUUUGCCCUGAAGACUGUCCAGGUGAUAGUUCAGGCACGGCUGGGAGAGAAGAUUUGUACUCGCUCGUCAUCCUCUCCAACGGGAUCUGACUGGUUUAACUUGGCCAUCAAGGAUAUUCCGGAGGUCACACAUGAGGCCAAGAAAGCAUUGGCAGGGCAGCUGCCCGCUGUGGGGAGGUCAAUGUGUGUGGAAAUCUCUCUCAAGACUUCUGAGGGAGAUUCCAUGGAACUAGAAAUUUGGUGUCUUGAAAUGAAUGAAAAGUGCGACAAAGAAAUUAAAGUUUCCUACACUGUGUACAAUAGGCUGUCUUUACUGCUGAAGUCUCUGCUUGCUAUCACUAGAGUAACACCAGCCUACCGACUCUCCAGGAAGCAGGGCCGGGAAUAUGUCAUCCUUUACAGAAUAUACUUUGGAGAAGUCCAGCUGAACGGCUUAGGAGAAGGUUUCCAGACUGUCCGCGUUGGUACAGUAGGCACUCCAGUAGGCACCAUCACACUGUCCUGUGCCUACAGAAUUAACCUGGCCUUCAUGUCUACCAGGCAGUUUGAGAGGACCCCACCUAUCAUGGGGAUUGUCAUUGAUCAUUUUGUGGACCGUCCCUAUCCCAGCUCCUCGCCCAUGCACCCCUGCAACUACAGGACAACUGGUGAGGAUGCCGGGGUAACGUACCCAUCUGUGGAAGACUCCCAGGAAGUGUGCACCACCUCUUUCUCCACUUCCCCUCCAUCCCAGUGUGUGUUCACUGUCAGUAAGGCAUAUUUUCAGACCCCUACUCCAGUGGUGACGGAUACCCUGAGGGUCCCCAUGGCAGGACUGGCCUUUUCCCACCAACUUGCAAGCUCUCGCCUUGCCUAUCAACCUGCUGCUCUGGGAGUUGGAUCAGCUGAGCUGGCUCACCCAGUGGUCUUUGCUGCUGGCUCCAGUGCUGCCCACCCUCACCAGUUAAUGGUUCCAGGGAAGGAAGGUGGGGUGCCCCUGGCUCCCAGCCAGCCUGCCCAUGGCGCCCAGGCCGACCAUGAGAAGAUGGCAACCUGUACCCCUUCUGAUGGUGCCCACUACAUCGUCACUCCUUCCAGCAGUGAAGACACCGAAACUGUAUCCAACAGCAGCGAGGGCCGGGCGUCCCCCCGUGGUGUCCUAGAGGCUGUCUUGGUUCGGAAAGUGGGAGCUCUUGUCAACAAUUCAGUGGAUCAGGUAACUAUGACCAAUUUGGACAUCCCCUUUGCCAUGUUUGCUCCCAAGAACUUUGAGCUCGAGGAUAAUGAUCCCAUGGUAAAUCCUCCCGACUCCCCAGACACUGAAUCUCCUCUCCAAGGCAGCUUGCACUCUGAUGGGUCCAGCGGCGGCAGCAGCGGGAACACGCACGAUGACUUUGUCAUUGUUGACUUCAAGCCGGCCUUCUCGAAAGAUGAUAUUCUCCCCAUGGAUUUAGGGACCUUUUACCGGGAGUUUCAGAAUCCCCCUCAGCUGAGCAGCCUCUCCAUCGACAUUGGGGCUCAGUCCAUGGCCGAAGACCUGGACUCGCUCCCAGAAAAGCUGGCCGUGCAUGAGAAGAAUGUCAAAGAGUUUGAUGCCUUUGUGGAGACUCUGCAGUAAAGCCAUCGUCCUCCCCAUACCCCAGCAGUAGCAGCAGCAGCACCACCACCACCAUGAGCCCUUUUCUUGGGACACCCCUGAGGACGGAGGCCGCUCCAUCUCUCUCUCUCCUCCCUCUCUCUCAUCUAUUAUUUAUUCCGUUUCAAAGGAAAGAGGCUGCCCCAUUCUUGCCUUGUGGCCCUUUUCCCCAGUGAAAUCCAGUGGCCAGCAUUGAAGAGGGCCGAGCCCCUCUGCAGCUAGGCGCUCUGGGUUAUAGCCUGGCCCAGGGGUCAGAAACGAUCCCAGCCGGAGGAAGAUGGGCUGCCGGCCCAUCCCCCGUGCUGUUGCUGCUUCUCCAAGUAGAUUCUCCCAAUCUGAGCAGAGAGGCUGGUCUCACCAGCCCAGAACAGCAUUGUCUUUCCUGAUCGUCACCAUCAUUUUCGCCCAUAGAAUAGAACGGGGCAGCCUCUCCCCUUGGCGUUAAAGGCUCUGUUCAGGGCUAAGGACACUGUCCUACCCACCACUACGGUGACCCACAGACAGGAAAGGAAACAGGAAACGCCAGUCCAUUUGUGCCCGUGGCACUGUACAGGCAGAAAUGACAAAGGCUUGGUAAAAAGCAGGGCAGGAGGGACAAAGGCAGGUGAAAAGCAGCGCCUACCAGAGAAGGGACCCAAGUGUUCCUGGCUGCUUUCUGCUCUGCAGGGGCUGGCUGAGUCCACAGACUGCCUGGGGAUCCCCUAUAGUAUAAAUGCUUUCCAAGUCACUAUGCAAGGCGACGUUGGACUGGCGCCGAUUGUAAAUAGAAGCUCCGAGCCCUGUUUUGUUGGGGCUGGUCACAGGAGUUGUAGAUCAAGAUUCUCUCUUUCCCUUCCUGUCCUGCUCCUAUUGCUGCUCUUUGGUCCUAGAUAAGCAUUGAACAGUAAAUAUUUAUUGCUUUAAGAGAAAGUCGGGUUAUUUCUAAUGAUACAUUUGAUGUGGGCUGUUUUCACCCAGCUGUGGCUCUGGGAAGGCUGGGUCCUUCCUCUGUCCAGCAGGGCCCCCCUCAGAAGCCAGAAGCAGCCCUGGGACCUUCCCUCUCCAUCAGAGGCACUGAGGGCUUGGGAACACUAGCCGUCCUUCGGACCGACCCCACUGGACGCCAGCUUCUCACUAGUCUGGGGUUCUCCCCACCCCUUCCAAGAAACUGCUGCCUGACACUGCAGAGUUUUCUUCCUGAUGCCACACUGACUCCAUGGCAGCGUGGAAGCCUUCGUGCUAAAAGUGGUGGACAGCCAUGUCCUCUGCCAUCACGAGGCAAGGCCCGCCCCAGUACUGUGCCACGUCCCAAUCCUCCAGGCCCCUGGGUGCUUCUUGCUGCCUUAGGGUGGAAAAGGCUGAGAUGUGCCUGCUGUGACUAGGGCCUCUGAUCCUGGGUGACACCCACCCCCAGAGCCAUGCAAGGGGCUCUGAUGCUAGGAAGCAGGAUGUCCGGCACCCUGUUGCUUGCUGGUUGGAACCAGAACCCAAGCCAAAGCCCGGCUGUCCUGACCCUUCUAGUUGUUAGUCAGGUGCCUCUCACUGCCAGGCCUUACCUGGAGGGACUGUUGGUUUCCUUGAACAAGGGCAGUUCUCAAGGCAGGUGAAGCUUUCUAGGCCCGGGCACACAUAGGUGCUGAGGAGGUAGCUGCCGGGAGAGCCUUCUCAAGUCCUUGUAACCAGUGUGGGACAGACGAGGCCUGACCUGCACACCCAAGAGGGCCACCCCAGUUUGGGCUCAGCCUCGCGCCCUUUUAUCACUUAACCACCGUGGAUUUUUGUGCACAAUGUCUACUACUCGGCGGUGGUGAUGGCCAGAGCAUUUCACUUGGGAACCCUCCUGUCACUAGAGGCCAGUUUCUUCCCUCCUUGAGAGUACAGUCUGAGGCAGCCUUGGCCCUAAAUUGGCCUUGAUUCGGAGGACAGAGAUGAGAGCAAUGAAAGGUCAGUCAGUUGGUUUGACUCCUCGGCCCUGGGACUGGAUGAGGGAGGGUAGCAUGGAUCUUGGAACCUUUUCCCCAUUUCUGGACUUCUAGCUCAGCCCCAUAGACCCCACCUCUGACCAACUUCCUCUUUGCCCCUGCAUGAAAAUGCUGUGGUGUCCUAGCCGGGAGCAGUUAGCACGAGUGCUGCCCUCUGCAGGCAAUAACUAAGCAGCCCUUCUCCAUUGCCAGUUUGCUCAGGGUAGGAGCUGGGAUCUCCCAGGCUCACCACGACUGGAGUUGAGCAUUAGCUUCGAGCAGAGCCCAUGGCGGUUGGUAUAUUCCAGGCCUAGGCCAUCAGCCUUGCUCAGUGCAAAGGGGUUUGGGCCCUGGACUGGUUCUUGGGCCCCGAAUGUCUUCCUGAGGUCACUCAAGCUGGUGUUGGCAUAUCCAGGAUGGUUGGAUGGUGCCCAGCCAUUCACGUGCCCGGCCUGGAGAGAAGCAUCUUCACCCCUUAUCUGGUUUGAAAACAUUGAGCUGUACUUUCAAAUAUAUUCUCAGAAAAUUUCCAAUAAAAUUUUUCUGUACGCAA